AUGGGAGACAAUAUCUUUCUUUACAUUCCUAAUUUGAUAGAUUAUGGACGUGUUGGUUGCAUCAUCUACGUUUGUUUCUACUAUAAUACUAAUCCAUUAAUGACUGCUUUUAUGUAUGCUUUAAGUUAAGCUUUAGAUGCAUUUGACGGAAUGGCUGCUAGAAAAUUCAAUUAAUGCAAUGCUUUCGGUGCUGUCUUAGAUAUGGUUUGCGAUAGAGUUUCUGAUGCCAUUAUGUUAAGCAUUUUAGCUCAACUUUAUCCUUCUCUUUCUGGUGUUUUCCUUUUAGCAUGUGGUUUAGAUAUUGGAUCUCACUGGUACUAAACUUAUUCUACCUAAUAUUGUGGAGAAGCUCAUCACAAGACUGCCAAAACUGAAUACAGACUCUUACACAUUUACUAUAAUGCUAAGGGAUUCCUUUUCACAAUGGUUUUAGGAAUGGAAAUGUUCUUGGUAAACAUGUACUUGAAGGCCCACGAACAUAACAUUGAUGUUCCUGACUGGUUCAAGAUCGUUAAUACUAGCUUACUUCUCUUCUCCGUUCCUGUAUUCAUUUUAAAGAGCUUUAUUAGCGUUAUUUAAUUAAUGUCUGCCUCCUAAAAAAUAUGUAGACACGAAACCUAACUCAAGUUAGAAGCUUCAAAGAAAAAGUGA